GCCAUCCUCUGGGAUAAUGUCAUAUCCGUGCUGCAGACUGGGCCGGCUGUGUUGGAUUUGACAACGCAAAAGCUUGUCAGCCAAUUGAAGAGAGGGAUAGUGUUCUUACAGUGAAAAGUAUAGUAUUCUGUCAUGUUAGUGUGUUCGUCACCCCUGGACCACAUGGCAUCUCAAGUUUGCAAUCCUGAGGACAAAAAGUUGUGAGCGAACAUGCUGGACUAAACUUCAGUGGAGAGGAAGCUGGACUUGAGACAAUUUUGAUAGACUUCUGCUGAGUCACUCUUUCUGCUGAAAUUGACUCUUGUAUAGAAUGGUUCUGUUUGCUGAGCUCACAGUGAAAAAGAACCUUCUAGAAUAGAACAAAGAGGGGAAAAACAUACCAACAGGGUUCUACAGUGACCCCUAGUGGUGUCCCAGAACACUGCAUUGAUUUGGCCUUAAAGAUAGCUCAUCUGUACCCAUUGUAGUGGGUAGAAGCUAGGUUAAAAUGGAAGUUGCUGUGGCAGAAGAGAAGAAGAAGAUAUUCCGAGCCAGGAAAACCAUGAAGAUAAGCGACCGCCAGCAACUGGAGUCUCUCCACAGCACAUUGUCGUCCCCCGUCCCGCCCCUGUCCAAUUCCAAUUCCAGCUCUCCCCCUCCCCGUAGCCCACUGACGAACGGUACGCACACAGAGGAUGCACAGAAGGGGGCAGACAGAGAGCAAAACGACGUUACGGUGACAUCUCGUUCCACAACCCCAGUCUCCCCUACCUCCCUGACCUCUCGAUCCCCUCCCCUUGCUCUGUCUCUAUCGUUGUCUCCCUCCCCACCAACCUCCCAAAGCCCCAAAGCCAAGGAAGAUGCCACUCCCUCCCCCUCAUCGCCAUUCCACAACCUAAACGACGUACUGAAAAAGAUGGAGGAAGAGGGAAAGAAAAGCGAGUGUUCCACGUCCCCUUCCAAUAAAGACAAGGAAGGAAAGGAUACAGAGAUGGAGGUGGCAAAGACGGACGAGAAAGAAGAGAAAGCACCUGAGACCGAGAAAGAGGAGGCCUGCACUACAACUGGAAAGAGCCAUGAGGACCAAGCCCCUAUGGAUCAGUAUCCUCUGGACUCUCCAUUCUCUCCCGUCUCACUCGCCAUGUCUGACAAAGAGUCUGGGAAGGAAAAGAUGACAGAGCAGAAAGAAGACACCGUGGCCAUGGAAACGGAUACGGACAAGGACCAUACAGAGACCAAGGCCUCUGAGGCCUCCACUUCCACGGAAGAGAAACCUUCCUCCCCCAAGGCCGCUACCAUGGCCCCCCCUGUUCCCACCCCCUCCCCCUCUGCUGCCCCUGAGCCGGAUCAGGACAUCAAAGAAGAGUUGGUGAAGAAGGGAGAGAAGAAGAAAGACGAUAGUCAGAAAGAGAAGGAAGGAGUAACGAAGGAGGAAAAGAUGGAGGUAGUUUCUGUGAAAAAGGAGAUGAAAAAGGAGAAACAGAAUGUUGCCGGGUGUUCUACCUCAUCUCUUGCCUCCUCCACCUCUACAUCCACAAGUGACAAAGGGGUGAAGGUGAAGGAGGAAAAGAGCUCCUCUUCUGGACAGAAGCGUCCCUUGUUGGAAGGUGACGAGAAAGAUGGAGGGAAGGUUGAAAGAGAUGGGAAGAGGCAGAAGGUGCAGGGCGUGGAGUUGGAAGCUCAGCUCGAGUUGAAAAUCACCGCGAAAGGUGGCAGUCGCCUAAAACUUGAAAAGGUUCUGCAGAAAAUGGUUGAGGAGCGGUUGAGGGCGCUGCAGCUCACCGUCUUCGACCAAGGUUUACAGGAGCUAAAAGACCGGGUAGAAAAGAUUGAUUGUGCCACAAAACACCAGAGCACCCUUAACACACUACAGGCCAAGAUUGCUAGAUUAGCAAAGAAAUUCGGAGAAGCCAACCAGGCCUCGGAGAACAAAAGAAAACAGGAGGCACUAACGUCCCCUGUUGCCAAGGCUGCACCUGCUACAAACACCAUUCCGACACAACGGGCAGUAGCAGCUGUCGUAAAGCAGCCCAUGACUAGCCCAGUCUCUACCAACCUUACAGUUACUCCGGUGAAGCAGCCCAAACCUGUCCCCACUACCACUACGGCCACUGCCAUGGUAACACAGGGCUCCAUCCUGCAGCUGAUCCCCACCUCCUCUAGCUCCGCCUCCCUGUGCACCGUCACCUCCCAGAGCGGCCCCACCGGCACCCUGCUCCUCAAGACCACCUCUGGCUCCAACGUGGUGGGCCAGAAUGGCCAGCCGCUCCUCAUCCAGCUGCCUCUCUCUGCCAUGGCCAACGGCGGGGCCGGAACCCUGGUCAACAUCCCUGUGUCCUCCUUCGCCGCAGUCAACUCGCUCAACAAGGCCAAGACCACUACUCCCACCACUACCUAUAUCCUCAAGGCCGGCCCCACCACCUCCACCAUGGCCGGCCCCACCACCUCCACCAUGGCCUUGCAGCCCAUCUCCACUACCCAGCUCUCCCCAGCCAUGUCCCCAGCCCAGAUGACCCUGGCUCGGGCUGUGUACCAGGGGGGCACUGGGGGAAUCAGUACGCCCAGUGCUGGGAUGUCAGUGACCACAGCCAGGGCGCCGGUUCAGGCGUCCUCUGGUCCAGCCGCUACGGGCUCGGCAGCUCCAGGACCUCCUUCGGGGACGGCUAUGACGUCAAAGACAGAUAACCAAGCAACAAGCUCUAAUCCAACCAAAACGGGGGCUCGACCCAAAGGCUCCUUCAUAGACCUCACUGAGGAGGAGGAGGAGGAGGAGGAUGAUGAUGUGCUAGUGACUGGUGUGAGAAAGGCCAUUACGACUGCGGUAUCGUCAUCUUCAGUUACCCAGCGAUCUACUGGACCUCCUCCGCUGAUCAGCACUCCUAGUGGCACAACAUCAAGAGCAUCUCCUCAACAGUCAGUUGGCGGUCCUCAUCUGACAGUUCACUACCGCCCCCCUCUGGACUCCCCAUCCAAAGCACGCAUGGGAAACAAUACCACUCCAACCAAGCCCCCCCCUGUCACCCUGCCCCCGUUACCCUUGGCUCCCCUGCCUCCCGGCCGGCUACCCAUGGAGGCCAACCAGACCACGCCCCCCCAGCAGCCCCAGCUGAAGUUGGCCAGGGUACAAAACCAGAAUGGCAUCGUCCUGUCCUGGUGCGUGGCAGAGACUGACCUGACCUGUGCAGGGGUGGAAAGCUACCACCUGUACGCAUACCACCAGGACAACGCUGGGUCGGUCGGUAAUGGCCCUGGAGCGGGGCAGCACUGGAAGAAGAUUGGGGAGGUGAAGGCACUGCCACUGCCCAUGGCCUGUACCCUCACCCAAUUCGUCUCUGGAUCUACGUAUUACUUUGCUGUCCGGGCCCGGGAUGUGUACGGGCGCUUCGGGACUUUCUGUGAGCCGCAGUGCACUGACGUCAUCAGCGCGACGACUCCUAGCUGAGCCAACCAGGAAUGGAAAAGGCAUUUCAUGUGACAGGAAGUUGAUAGCAUUCCACCUGCUUAUUUUUUAAGGUGUUCUGGAGGACCCUGAAUGAGAUUGCUUUAGUGUUAACACUUGUGCACGUACACAAACACACACCAUGAGAAAACACCUAAAUGUACACUGUUGGACUCCAGACUACUCUGAUUGGAGAAAGGAUAUGGCAACGGUUAUCGUUGUGCCUAUCGUUGUAUAUUCUUUGUGAGUUAAGCUAUUGUACAUAAGUGAAUUGUUCCCCAUGGCAGGUCAGAUAUUUAUAUGUUGACUUCUGUUACCCAUGUCCAGAUGUUUUUAUUAUAAUUUUUUUUUUUUGGCUUUAUAAAAAUCUAAGUGAAAGAAAAUACAUUUUAACGUUCACAGAAAUUGCACAGGAAUGCAAAAUCGGUGUUAGAACUUAAAUGAUGUUAGAACGAUGAUAGUUAUUUUGUAUGUAUUGUCUGGUAACCAGACUUAAUAGGAAUGACAAAUUCAAUAAAACGUUUUAUUGGAAAGUUUA